AUGAAUUUUUCAGAAAUUAAUAUUAGCGUAUCAGAAGGAUUAAUACCUAAAGCAAUCCGUAAAGAAUCAUUGUAUUUUAGCGACAGUAAUAUUAGUGGUGGUGAUGAUGAUGAACAAAAGCCACCAUAUAUUUUUGAUAUAGUGGCAACUAGUUCAUAUUGUAUAGUAUCAGGAUCAAAUAAUGAACUCAGAUAUUAUAAUUACAGACAAAGCUCAAUCACUCUCGCAGAAAAAUGUUCAUUUCAUUCGGAUAUUAUCACAAAAAUAAAAUUGCAUGAUGAUCAAUUAUUCUUUUCUAGUUCGAAAGAUGGUACAGUUGCACUAUGGGAUUUGAGAUUAUCACAUCAAAGACCUGCUCAAAUGCUCCAAGCAACAAAAAAAGAACCAUUAUUAUCUUUUGAUUUAAACAUUACUGGCAAAGUAGUAGCUGCUGGUACUGAACUAUCGAGUGGAGGAGAUGUUAAAAUAUUAUUUUGGGAUUUGAGAAGUUCUAACAAAGUUAGUGCAGAAUUUACUGAAUCACAUAGUGAUGAUAUAACACAAAUACAAUUUCAUCCAACAAGCCCAUCUAAACUAUUAUCUGGAUCAGUUGAUGGUCUAAUUUGUAAUUUUGAUUUGAAGAGUUUUGAUGAAGAUGAAGAGUUAAUUAGUGUAAUAAAUUCUUGCUCAUCAAUCAAUAAAGCUGGAUAUUUUGGAAUUAAAGGAGAAAAUAUCUAUUGUCUAACUCAUAAUGAAACAUUCAGUCUAUGGAAUUUCUCUGAAGGAGAAUUAAUAUCAAAUAUGGGAGACAUUAGAACAGACCCUAAUCAAAAUGUUGUUGAAAUUAAUUAUGGAAUUGAUUGUCAAUUUGAUUUGUCUACUAAUAGGCUAUAUCUUUUAUGCGGAUCAAACAAUGGAGAUAUUAGUAUUUUAAACGUAAAUUUAAAUGAAUUACAAUUAUGUCAGAAAUUAAAUGGUGGACAUGAUGAAAUUGUUAGAAGUGUUUAUUGGGACCUGAGGACAAACAUCUUUAUUUCUGGUGGUGAAGAUUCAAAAUUGUGUUUAUGGAAUGAUAAAAACAUGAGCGAAUCUGAUCGUUCUAAAGAAAAUGUGCCAAGGUUGAAAAAACAUCUUGAUGUUAUAACAGCUUUUGUUAAAGAUGUUCACGAUAAAUUAAAUAAGAAUCCAAUUGAUAAUAAAAAAGAUAUUGAAAAUUCAUUACAAGAAAUAAUUAGUAAUGUCGAUAAAUUUCAAAAUUUACAACAAUUAACGAAAAUUUAUGAUUUUGCGGAUGAAAUUGAUGAACACGGCGUCAAUUUCUGGAAUGCAUCAAUUACUCUGAAAACAGCAAAUGCUUCGAGCGAAAAAAAAAUUGAUAAUGAAAUAAUUGCUAUGGUUAGGCAAGUUGGAUUUGUUAUGAUCCAAGCAGGCGCGAUCUCGAUUAGCGAAUUGAAAAAUAAAAUAAAAUUAUUGACACUUGCAUCAAAAGUUGGUAAAGCAUGGUUAGCUGAUGAAGUAUUAAGAUCUGCGAAUUUGAUUGAAGAUUCGAUUUUAUCUUUACAAGAAAAAACCGCAAAGGAUCAAAAUUCAAAAGCUGCAGCUUUGGUUAUUUAUUACGCUUAUCGUGUUGAGGCGGCUUGGAAAUUGUCGAAUACUCAUAUUGCAAAUUUAAUGUUACAAAAUGCGAUAGAUAUGAAAUAUUUGAAUAACGUUACAGAAAAUGAGAGCAAUACAUUAAAUAUUUUAGCUACUUGUUAUUUAAAAAAUAGCGAAUAUGAUGAAUCUAAUUUGGAAUUGGCAGAAAACUCUUUAAAUCUUUGUUUGGAGGAAUUUCCAGGAAAUGUUAUGGCAACAUCAAUAAAACUUAAGUUGAUAAAAAAAAAAAAUCUUUGUUCUAAUAUAUUCGAAGAAGCUUAUUUUCAAUUAAUGAAAGCUGCAAAGAUUACAAUUGACGAUUUGAAAUUAUUGUUGAAUGAUGCUUAUUUUGUUAGCGAAUUCGAUACAAUGAUGGCACUUAGAGGUAUGGAUAUACUAAUUGAAGAACGACUUUCCGAUUUGCGAAAUAUUCGGUACAUCGAAAAAGCUAUUAUUACAAAGUUUCAUAUUAUUGGAAACAUCUAUAAUUUCGAGAAAUUGGAGGUGGAAGAUGACAUUAUUCGAAGUGCUGAAAUCACACUUGGAUUUGAACAGCGACAUGGAAUAGUACUCGGUCAUAAAGUCAAAACUGCGUGUCAAUUGAUUCUUUGGCAAAAUGGUGACCGAAAUUACGCACCUGCAAAAAAAUGGUUUACAAUCGCGUAUAAAUGGUUGGCAGAUAAUGAAUUAAAUAAUCGAAAUGCUGCAAUAUUACAAAGAAAACUUGCGAUCUGUUAUCUUGAAGAACAAGCAUUUGCCGACGCUACAGAAGCAGUUCAUAAAGCACAAACACACGAAAAAAAUUCCGCGGCAAAUUUUUAUAUAUUGUAUCAUAUCUCUAUGGAAAAAAGCCAAUUUGAUCAAGCAAUUCAAUAUUUACAUGACAUGUGUAAAGGUGAUGGAUUUCAAGGAAAUAUGUUGGCAAUGGUGGCGAAUAAUUCAUAUCAAAAAAGUAAUAAAGAUGUUUUGGCUGAAGCAUUGAAAGAAAUCCUGAUCAAGUAUCAGAAUGGUGAAGAUGUUGCUAAUACCGAUAUAUUCGUUCUUCUAAGGUGUUUGAUAAGAAUGACAUUGAAUUCUUUGUCCAAUACUGAUGCCGAAAGUUCACUUAAAGAGUCCAUUUGUGGAUAUUUUGAAAUAGCGCUAAAUAUAUUAAGACCCAAAGAAGAUUCCGAUAGUAUAAAUAGCGGUAAUAUUAAAGAAAGAAAUCAAACGGAAAAAAAUAAAUUGUUAAAAGAUCUUGAAUGGCUUUAUAAAACCGCUUGGAAUAUAGGAUUAGAAUUUUGUCAAAAAUCAGAAAUUGGUAGUGAUUUAUAUGCGAUUAGAUUAUUUAAUGUUUCGCACAGUUUUCUUUGUGAAUAUCCAGAAGAAACAUCAGAGAUUGCAAAUGGAAAAAGACUAUGUAUCUUUACAUCUUUAUGUGGACAGUUAUUUCUUUCAAGGAAUGAAAAAUACAUAUCAAAAAAGAAAGAAUUAUUGGAGCAAACAAUUUUAAAUAUUGAUAAAUACAAAAAACUUAAAAAAGUCCUGGAACCAUUAGCACAAAAUGAUAUGGUAAUCAUUACAUUAUUUGAAUUUGAAGCUAAAGUUAAAUUGGGCCAAUGGGAUGAAUUAAUGAAAAUAUUAGAUUCAGUAGAGGCUUAUGAUUUUGAAGUGCCGUCAAGAAUAUUUGAAAGAAUGGCAGAGCUAUUGAUAAUUGAGAGCGAAUGUCCCAGUUCAGUAAUAUUUACGACCUUACAGGUUUUGUUGGAUUCCUUUUUGAAACAUGAACAGAUUGAUAUUGUACAAUUCUCGAGAUGGUUUAGAGUAUUAAUUAUUACGGCAUUGGCUAAAAAGAAGCAAGAAUCACUGCAAUAUUUUCAACAAGCUUUAGAUAUAAUAAAUCAAGAAAAUUCAAAGUAUCCCGAAGAAGAGAUUCAAUGGUUAAUGGUUAGCGCAUGGAAUUGUGGAAUUGAUUAUUAUUCUGCUAAUGAUUUUUCAAAUGCAAAAAAUUGGUGCGAAAUGGCAAUUGCAUUUUGUAAAUUCCUUGGGAAUGGAUUAUUAUACGAGGAAGAG